AAGUUUUCCAUUUGCACCGAACGCAACGCAAGUAGCUCCCACAAAAUCGGAAUCAGUCGAAACGAAAACGAAACACAAAUAACAGAACGCGCGCGCUCAAAGUCAGUGCUUGAUACUAAGAUAUACCACAGAUAUACUACAUACAUAUGUAUGUGGAGCAUCGGCGAUAAAUAUUAAUAUACAAGAAUAAUUGAAAAUAUAAGUGUACGCGAGUGCCAAUACUGUGAAAUCAAUACGAAUGAGAAAUGUGACUAACCAACCAAAGGAAAGCAAUUGUGCCAAACCUCGUUGAAAGACAACAAAUUAAAAAUAAAAAAGCGCCUAACGGCUAACGGUUAACGGCUAAAUUUAGCAGUUAGUACCCAGUUACCAAUCUAUCCGCCCGACCAGCGCCCUCAUCCGAAUCGAUAACCGAUCGCCACGCCAUGAGCAUCAUCGACAGCGGCAAGUACCGCUUGCGCAAGGACUGGGCCAGCGCCUCCAUCCCGUCCUUGGUGAACAUCGACGAGCACGACGGCGACUCCGGCGACACGGAGGGCAGCCUCAAUGCCACGGCCCCACUGCCCCCACAGAAGCCCCCGCGGCGCAGCUCCCUGGCCCUCGGACUGUUCUCCAGCAAAUCCGAUAAGAGCCAGAAGCGCCGCAGUUCCAUAGCCGUCUCCUUCCUGCGACGGGAUAGUAGUAAGAACUCCACCAAAGACUCGUACGAAUCGGCUGUGCGCAGCGAGAAAUCCGACGGAUCCGGCACACCCACCAGUCCGGAGAUCGUGUACAGCUCCGAGGAGAAUAUCCGGGCCAGCUCCCCCAACGAUCCGGGCAAGCAGACCUUCUUCGAGGACGGCAGCCAGUCGCCGCGUCCAGUGCUCCAGGGGCUGAACACCUCGUACGAGGGACCCCAGAAUGAUCGCCAGAGGCGCAGGCGCAGCUCGCUGCAGACCAAGCUGGACCGGCAUCGCCGCAAGAAGAUGGAGUACAUCAACCAGAGGAGCCUGGACUCCGGCAUGAUGUGCAGCGAGUCCCAGAGCGACCUGACCAACGACAGCUUGGCCGAGGGCUCCGGCAGCUUUGCCAACGGAAGUGGCAACGGCAACGACGACGAGGACGACAUCAUCGAUCCCAGCCACGGGGAGUACUUCCCGCGCGAGAAGCGCCACUCCUGGUGGAACAUCUUCGUGCCCGACAAUUUCAAGAACAGGUCACGUAGGGCUAGUCAAGAUGUUUCCAGUUUGUCACGCAGCGUUGACAAUUUGGCGAUACCCGUGCGCAGGAGCAAAUCGCGCAGCGUGGAUCACGGCCUUGCGGCUCCAUUCGACUUGGACUCGCUCCGCUCCAAAGUGGAGCAGCGCUUCGAGAGCGUCGACAAACUAUCAAGGCAAAAGUCUUCAUUGCCCACCAUACCCACCAUUUCCUACACCGUGGGCAAUCGCGACACCCUGACAUCCGUGGCCGCCCGGUUCGACACCACGCCAUCGGAGCUGACCCACCUCAACCGGCUGAACAGCUCCUUUAUCUACCCGGGCCAGCAGCUGCUGGUGCCGGACAAGAGCGCCAAGGACGACGCCUCCAGCAGCUCCACCCACGACGCGGACGGCGCCAGCCUGUCCGGCAAAUCGAGUCCGGUCGAGCGCAAGCUGUCCGGCGACGAGAGCCGCGAAAAAGACAUACUCGAGGGCCUGCGCCCCGGAUCCCCAAAACCGGGACACAUCGAGCGCGUGGGCGGCAGUAGCCAGCAGCAGCAGGCGGAGGAGGAGGCCAACAAAAGCGACGAUCCGGUGAUCACCCAGCGCUUCCUCAAGAUCAAUGUGCGCCACAUCACAGACGGACAGGGCGUGGUGGGCGGCGUCUUGCUGGUCACGCCCAACGCCGUUAUGUUCGAUCCCAACGUCAGCGAUCCCCUGGUCAUCGAGCACGGCCCGGAGAGCUACGGCGUCAUUGCGCCCAUGGAGCUGGUGGUCAACGCCGCCAUCUUCCACGACAUAGCGCACAUGCGAGUGGCCGGAGGAGCAGGUCAGGGCCUGAACUCCGCCUCGGGAGACGCGGAGAAGCCGGAGAUCUACUAUCCCAAACCAGUAUUAGUCGAAGAAGACUCCAAGGAGCUACCCGAGCAGCAGUCGCUGCUGGGCGAAGACGGUAAUAAGCGCUUGGAUGCAGAAAUUGGGUCGCUAGAGAUCGCUGACGACCAAGAGUCGCUGUGCUCUAGCACUGGACGCGAUGGCGACGCGUUUCCCAAAGCCUUCGACCGCGAACGUGUGGAGGACUCCUCUAUGGAAGCCAAAGAUAGCGCUAAGACUGACGCUCUAGACGAUGAAGACAAGAAGGGCGGCCUGGGCCUCUCCAGCACUCGCUCCACCCUCGAGGAGCGGCGCAAGAGUUUGUUGGAUCACCACUGGGCCAUUCCGAGCAAAGACCGAUCCUCGGAAGAUGAGGGCGACAACGAGUCUAACGUUACCGUGGACAGUGGCGCACGUGUCCAGGAUCCGCACUCGGCCAAUAGCUCGGUCAGCGGCGUGCCGCUUGGCCAGCCCCUUGUGACUGCCGCUGCAGCUGCCGCCGCCGUCGCACCCACCUCAGCCGUCGCUCCUCUGCCUCCCUCGGGCAUUGACCUGGAGCACUUGGAGCAACUGUCCAAGCAGUCUUGCUACGACUCGGGCAUCGAUAUACGCGAGCCCGUUCCCAACGUACAGCCGAUACCAAAGAAAACCGUCUACAGCGACGCGGACAUUGUCCUCAGCUCCGACUGGGUACCACCGAAAACCAUUGUGCCGACGCACUUCAGCGAGUCCCCGCCGCGCAGCACCAUCCUUGGCCAGAGUCUCGACGCCGGCACAGGAGGCGCAGGGGGUGUCCGUAAGAAGACCUCGAGCGUGAGCUUCAGCGUCGACGACGAGGCUGCCCAGCAGGCUCAGGCCCAGGCGGCUGCCCUGGCUGCCACAGACAAGCAGGCGGACAAGAAGAACAAGAUGCUUAAACGUCUCUCAUACCCCCUGACCUGGGUGGAGGGCUUGACUGGGGAGGGUGGAGCCGUGCCGCCCGGCGGCGUGGGCAGUGGAAGCCUGAACAAGUCGGGAGACACAGACUCGGCGCCCAACACGGGUGACUCCAACCAAAGUGUAUUUUCGAAAGUAUUCUCAAGCUCGCCCAUCACUCUGGUCUCAGAGCUGGGGGGGAAUCUCUUUUCGAAAACACCGUCCGAGGACUCUGGUGGCUCACCUGUGCCGCCAUUGACUCCGCAUUCGACUCAUUCCGAGGGUCACAUGACCUAUGGACGUUCCUCAAUCGGUACCUUUAUUCGUCCUCACUCCUCGGAGGGCACUUCGUCCAGCACCAAGCUGAAGGAGGCCAAGCAGGCGCCCAAGCUGGACUACCGCUCCAUGGUCUCCAUGGACGACAAGCCGGAACUCUUUAUCAGUGUGGACAAACUCAUUCCACGACCGGCUCGAGCCUGCCUUGACCCACCAUUAUAUCUACGCCUGCGCAUGGGCAAGCCCAUCGGCAAGGCCAUUCCGCUGCCAACCUCUGUUAUGUCCUACGGCAAGAACAAGUUGCGCGCUGAGUACUGGUUCAGUGUGCCAAAGAAUCGCGUUGAUGAGCUCUAUCGCUUCAUAAACACCUGGGUGAAACACCUGUACGGUGAGCUGGACGAAGAGCAGAUCAAGGCGCGUGGCUUCGAGCUGAUCCAAGAGGACACCGAGUGGACCAAGAGCGGCACCACCAAAGCCGGCAUGGGAGGCGGCAGCCAGGAUGGCGAGGAGAUUAGCGACCUGACCCGCGAGUCCUGGGAGCUUAUAAAGGCGCCGUUCGCCAAGACCUACAAGAUCAUAAAAACGGCAUCGCAUGCCGCAUCGCAUGACCUGGAAAUGCUGGGCGGCGAGGUGCUGUCAAUGAGCACAGAUGAAUAUCGCAAGACCUCGCUCUUUGCCACCGGUUCCUUCGACCUGGACUUCCCCAUACCAGACCUGAUCGGCAAGACAGAAAUCCUCACAGAGGAGCAUCGCGAGAAGCUCUGCUCACAUCUGCCGGCUAGAGCCGAGGGAUACUCCUGGUCCCUGAUCUUCAGCACCUCACAACAUGGUUUCGCCCUUAACUCCCUGUACCGCAAAAUGGCGCGUCUGGAGAGUCCAGUUCUGAUUGUCAUUGAGGAUACGGAGCACAACGUAUUUGGUGCCCUCACCUCCUGCUCACUGCAUGUGUCGGAUCACUUUUACGGCACCGGUGAGUCCCUGCUCUACAAGUUUAACCCCAGCUUCAAGGUGUUCCAUUGGACUGGCGAGAAUAUGUACUUCAUCAAAGGCAACAUGGAGAGCCUUUCGAUUGGCGCUGGAGACGGUCGUUUUGGCCUGUGGCUGGAUGGUGACCUGAACCAGGGACGAUCGCAGCAGUGCAGCACAUACGGCAAUGAGCCUCUGGCGCCACAAGAAGACUUUGUUAUCAAAACACUCGAAUGCUGGGCAUUUGUUUAAGUGAAUUUCUGUUGUCGACAACAAACAUAUUUAAGGAUGGGAGCGAGGGCCUCCUGCCGACCUAUCUAUUUAAUUAACUAUAUGUACUUGUACUAAAAACCAACAACCUGAGAAAGAUGUCAAAAGCUGGUGUGCGUCCAAGGAUCCUCCCUUCGGAACGGUCCACACAGCCCGAACCCCGAAACACUUGAAUACACCAACACCACCACAUGAAGAUGGUUUUGAAGGGAUCUGAUCUGAAGAAAAAUGCUUGUGAAAACUCGGUUCUCGGAAGCAACUGCGAGUUAGCUAUGCGUUGGAACGUAUUAAUUAUUUAGUUUUUAUAUCAUAUAUUAUUAAACAAAAGCAACUAAAUUAUGUGUUAGACUUAAACAAAACAAAACAGAACAUGAGAAAACCCAAGAAACAGACUAGCGACACGGAAACUUAAGCGAAAACAAUUGAGGAUAACAUUUGAGGUCAUCACAUAUCUCCAUGAAAAACAUGGCACACGCAUACACCCACACACGCCCACAUGAAAACACACAUUUGAUUAUAAACACCAAAUUGUGAGAAGAGACAUAUAGAAAAAAGGCAGGUUUUUAUCAUUUAUCGUGUCAGUUCCCUUGAUUGAUUUCAGUUUGAAUUUAGUUUCGAUUGUUUGAGUUACUAGAGUUAUUUGAGAACAUUGUGAAAAGCGAAGCGAGCUGAGAGAUGAGAAAAAUAAAAAGAAUGUCGAUAUAAUUUUUAGUGCAAAAGUGCUGAUUGCAAGUAAAACUAAAGCGAAGAUAACUUUAAACCAUUUGACUUUUAUGUAUAUGUAAAGAAGGAGCCGCGAAGAGCUGAGAGCGAGCGUUUUAUUUUUAGUUUUACACGAUAUACAUACAUACAUAUAUUUAAUUACGAUUACUUUAAUGCUAAUGAUGUUGACUUUUAUGCAAUUAUACUAAAACAAAAACAGAAACAACACCAGAAUGAAAUACACAAUAUAAUACAACCAAACUG